AUGUCAAACUGCAAACCACUCCUCACGCCAUUACCGUCCAAGUUUCCCACACACGCCAAUCUUACACUGCCGUUCCCUCAACCAGAAUUUUUUCGUAAAUUGGUUGGCUCCCUACAGUUCAUCACCUCCACCCGUCCAGAUAUAGCUUUUGCUAUAAAUAAACUCUGUCAGCAUAUGCACAAUCCUCAACUACUUCAUUUUCAGUUACUUAAACGUGUGUUGCGGUAUCUCAAAGGCACCAUUACCCAUACUCUGUUCCUUCCAAAAACUGAGUUAAUUCUCUUUGCUUAUUCGGACUCUGCCUGGGCUGGCGAUCAGCUUGAUCGUAAGUCAACAAAAGGUUACUGCCUCUAUCUCGGCGAUGCACUGCUUACAUGGUCAGUUAAAAAGCAAACAACGGUAGCUCGCUCUUCAACAGAAGCCGAAUACCGUUCAAUGGCAGCCACCACUACUGAUAUAAUCUGGACUCGACGCCUUUGUGAAGAUUUUCUUCUCCCUCAACCAACCACAAAGCUGUUCUGCGACAACAUUUUCGCAAUGUCAAUUGCCUUCAAUCCAAUCUUCCAUGCUCGCACAAAGCAUAUUGAGAUAGAUCACCACUUCAUCCGGGAAUGCAUUCAGGCUAACUACAUUGCAAUCCAUCACAUUUCCACAUUGGACCAAGUAGCUGAUAUCUUCACCAAGUGCCUCCCCUCCUCUCAUCUUCUCGAGCUCCGGAACAAGCUUCUGGUCGUUCCUCCCAUCAGUUUGAGGGAUGGUGAUAAGUAG